AUGGCAAUCAGUUUAGGAAUAAUACUUUGUGCAAUUGAAAUAUUUCUCUUAACAUUCCAAAUUCUUCCAUCAACAAAAGCAAUCAUAUUAAUGUGUUUGCAUCUUCUGGCAACAAUCUUUUUGUUGAAAUUUAUUGUUGAUAGUCACCCAUUAUCCCACUUCUGGAUUGUUCUUGGAAUAUUUUCUGUCCCCUCAACAAUAACUGCAUGCUUAAAUUUAUGCAUAACUUUCAAACUGCAAUAG